AUGGACCGCAUAGAGCGUCCCACAGUCAUCCCCGUGGACAAUGAGACGAAGAGCUCUGCCUCGCGCGUCACGGUCGAGGGCAAAAGAAUCACCUAUCGCAUGACCGUGCUCCAGCAACCUGUGCGAGCAAGAGCCUGUGGUCAAGGCGCAAAGUCAUCUGCCGACCGUCGCCCAGUCGAUCCGCCGCCCAUCGUCGAGCUGAAGAUCUUUGAGGGUGAGGACGAGCAAAAUUUGAAUGACAUCUCCUUCACAAUGCAUGCCAAUUACUUCCUCUUUGCCACUCUGGAACAGGCGAGACCCCUCGCCCACGGACGUGUGAGCGCUGAGCGGAGCAGUCCACCUGUGUUGACCGGUACUCCCGUGGCUGGUAUGGUCUACUUGGACAGGCCGUCACCUGCGGGCUACUUUAUCUUCCCGGACCUGUCUGUGCGCCACGAGGGCAAGUACCGUCUGAGCUUCAGCCUGUAUGAGGAGUUAAAGAGUGCCAAGGAUAAUGACAAGCUCGAGGAUGGCGUGAAACCAAAUCCGGCCGCGGAGCCCCAUGUAACCCAUCGCCUGGAGGUGAAGUCGGAGCCGUUCCACGUGUUCAGUGCGAAGAAGUUCCCGGGACUUACUGAGAGCACCUCGCUAAGCAGGAUGGUCGCCGAGCAAGGAUGUCGUGUUCGUAUCCGGCGUGACGUGAGAAUGCGCAGGCGAGACCAUAAAUCGGGCGGAGGAAAGGAGUGGGAUGACUACGAAGACGAAAGUGCGGAGGCAAGGGCAWGAAUGUCCGCUACACCGGAUCCCGCCGUGUACCAGGCAGUCCAAACUCCCCAGGGCUUCAUGGUGGAUUCUGUUCCCCGGCCGCGCUCUGCCAGCAAUGCCAGUCACCAAUCAAGUGUUUCCCGACGUCCCUCCCAGCAGGAUCUCAGUCAGGCGUACGGCCACGCUCAAUACAGCUCAUCCGGUCCCCAAACUCCUCAAAAUGGCUACGCCCAGGCUCCCUCGUAUGUCCCAUCACCUAACCAACAGUACCAGCCAGCUCAAUACGUGCAAAAUCAGGCUCAAAUGCAACCUCCACCUCCUCAAUACGCACCACAGGCAUAUCCCCCUCCCCCGCAGGGCCCACCCAAGCAGGCGUAUUAUGGAUACUCAGCCCCACAUCCGGCACAACCUCAAACUCAGGCCCCGACCCAGCCUCAGUAUGGAGUACCGCUGCAACCGUCAUAUGAGCCCUCGCAGCAUCAGCAAAGAUCCAGCGUGGACUACUCUGCACAGGCGUCAGCAGCUGAAUAUCGCAGAAUCUCUGCGCAAAUCGCRGCUCCUCCGCCUGCUCAAGCAAGCUAUCCCCAGCAACCUGUCCAGGCCGCGUAUCCGCCACAGCAAGCAUACCAACAGCCCGCUCAGCACUCCUACGGAUCAUCGGUUGACUAUCAUGGCCGCCCAGCGCCACUGGAACCUUCUCUUCCGCCAACUCGAGCAGGAGCGCAGACACCCAUGUCCACCACUAGGCCGAACUUUGACUUGCCGCCCAUUAAUACAACAAUCAUGCCAAACAGCAAGCUAGAGGCAUCCUCGCCAAUGUCUGCUGUGGCGCCGAACUCGUCGUAUUUUAGCAGUGCACAUACUCCUGUGGAGCAACACAAACGGAGUUACGGCAAUGUGUUCAGCAACAGACACCACACAGAGCCAUUGAGACAAGGAGCAAGGCCAAACACCUCCAACAGUCAGGGUGAACAGUCUAUCCCUGGUGUAUCCAUGUCUGCCACGGACGACGAGGAUAGUGCAGGUGGUGAGCUUGAUACAAGCACCAUGGGUAUGCACUACCGUCGUGCUGAUGGCCGACAAAUUCUUCGCGCACUUCCAGGACAUGUAUGA